AUGUCCAAACAUCCAUCAUCAUCUGGUACCAAACCCUCCCAACAUGCAAAGACUUCAUCCAUGGAGUUUGAAGAUGAAGACGUGAUGGACGUCACUCCUCUGUGCAUGAUGUCGGGCGACACCACAGGUCCCUCAUCCAAUACUGGAGAUAGGCAAGGUAAUACCUCUAGUAACUCCUCUCUUCCUAAAGACAUGUAUUAUGUUGAUCGUGCUAUUAGGAAACUAGUCACGAGAAUUCUGAGUGAAGGGCACAAAGUUGAAGGGGUUUCUACCCCUCUGUCCAGAAGGGAACCCUCUCCUGAGGGAGAACCCCAUGCUGAUAAAGAUGAUGAUUCAUCUAGAUCAGAAAAGGAGGUUGCUACUGAAGGGAUUUGCUCUCUAGGUAAAACCCUACCUAGCAAGAAACCAAAUGUGCCUCAAGAAAAGAUUAUUGACCUAGAGGAAGGAAGCACUGAAGGAGAGGAUGAUCCUUUGGUUCAUCUGGUAAAACCUAGUGUAGCUGAAAAACUGAGAACUAAGAAAGGAAAAAGGGUGGCUAAAAUGAGAGCUGCUAGAGUGAAAAAAACUGCAGGAAUAGGACCCUCAAAACCCUGGAGCAAGGUUGAGGCUGUUCAGAAAUCUCCUGGCAAGGCUGCUGCUAUCCAUCUAGACAAUAGCUCCUUUCAUUUGGAAGAUGGAGCAGCAAAGUGGAAAUAUGUCAUUCAGAGAAGAGUAGCCAUUGAAAGAGAACUUGGACAAGAAGCUGUAGAGGUAAAGGAGGUAAUUGAGCUGAUCAAAAAUGCUGGACUCAUGAAGACUGUGGUAACUCUACCCCAAUGCUAUGAGGGGUUGGUUAAAGAGUUUAUUGUUAAUAUCCCUAAGGAUAUUCAUGAUAAGAACAGCAGGGAGUUUUGCAAGCUGCUUGAGGGAAGUCAUGUCAAUGAUGUCAUGACAUCUGCCAGAAGGGAGUCUACAUCUAAAGGAAGCCUGAUUGACCAACUAAAAGAGACCUGCAAAGAAUUGGACAAUGGUAUAAGGGUGGCCAAGGCCAGAAAAGAAGCUUUAGAAGUUCUCAUCUGUAGCCUGGAAAGGGAAGACAUGGAAAAAGCUGGUAAGGAUUCAAAUGCAAGACCUAAAUCCCAAUCCAGUGGCAGCUCUGGAAGUUUAGAAGACUCUGAAGGUGCAGGUGAAGAUACGAGUGAAGGUGAAAGUGAUGUUUCUUCUUCUGAUUAA